AGCGCUGAACGGGCAGAACAUUUCUACAGUCAAGAUGGCGACAUCCGAGCCGAAAGCACCUGAACCUGAAGAACAAUCACAAACUGACAGCCCAGUCGUCGUUGUGGAUCCUGAGCAGUAUAUCAAGCACCCCUUGCAAAACAAAUGGGCCCUGUGGUAUUUUAAAAAUGACAAGAGCAAAAGCUGGACAGAGAACCUGCGUCUCAUUUCCAAAUUCGACACAGUGGAAGACUUUUGGGCAUUAUACAACCACAUACAGCAACCAAGCAAACUUGGCUUUGGCUGCGAUUAUUGUUUAUUUAAGGAUGGGAUCAAGCCGAUGUGGGAGGACGACAGGAACAAGCUCGGGGGUCGAUGGCUGAUGACUCUCAAUAAGCAACAGAGACACAAUGAUCUUGACCGCUACUGGAUGGAGACGCUCUUGUGUUUAGUCGGUGAGUCGUUUGAUGUGGCAAGUGAAGAUGUGUGUGGAGCUGUGGUCAACGUCAGACCAAAAGGUGACAAAAUAGCCAUCUGGACUAGCCAAUGCCAAAACAGAGACGCCAUCAUGACGAUAGGGCAAAAUUAUAAAGAGCGCUUGAGCAUCCCCCUCAAAGCCCUGAUCGGCUACCAGUCACACGACGACACAUCCAGCAAGAGCGGAUCCACCACCAAGAACAUGUAUUCCGUUUGAAACACUCCUCCAACCCCAAUUUCAACUUGCUGUAGAUUUAAACAAUUACCAAACCGCAUCAUCACAAAAUUUUUUUUAUUUUUUGAGUUGUCAACUACUGUAUUGUCUUUUCCUUUUUAUUGAAAAGAGAAUUGUUUAAAGUGUGUACAGUUGGAGCUUCCCCCAACGUGAUAAACCAGUGGGGUGAUGGUUAUAAAUAGGAAGGAGGCCCGAAAGGAGUAUUUGUUCUCUAAAUGUCACACAUUAACUAGAGAACACAAAUGAUUUCCUUUUUUAGAGUUGAAGAGUUCUGUGAUUGAUACCAGUGACCUCCCCUAGCUUUUUUUUUCAGUACUAAAUGGCUUGAAGUCGCAAAAAAAACACAACUUUCUUGACUAUACAGCCUUGUGUUUUUCUCAUGCUGAUCUUCUCACUCCUUACAAAAACUGUUUCUCGCCUCGCAGGUAAAGGCGGUAGGCAACUUAUCCCUUCACAGAACAAGUUUUAAGGGAAAUUUUAACUUGAUUUAUCCAGAAGUGUUAAGCAUGAGUCAGGCUUUUUAGACACAGCAGCUUGAAUAAUCUACAGUAUCUUAAAGGCUUGUAAAAGCUGUAGUCACACUCCAAAGUAUAGGGUUUGGAUUUAAGGCCACUUAUUGUUUCAGCCAUGCUGGAAUUGUGGAAUAUUGCUUUUAGUAGUUUUUGAACUUUUUUUCUUCCCCUUACAUUUAUUUAUAAUGUAUGCAUUGCAGAUGACUUACUUCGUUGAAAGACAACAAUGAAACUUGUGUUGUUGUUUUUUCAAAUUGUUUUUUUUUCUCUUUUUUUGUUAUUACCGUCAAUAAUGUGGACUUCUGCAUAUAGAUGACAUUUUCUACAGUGUACCAUAAAGUAAAGAUGCUGACAGAAUUAGGUGUGCUUUUCACUAUUUUCUUCCUAACAAAAACUGUAGAUAAUGUCGCACUCCUCUCUUGGUUGAUGCAAAGGAAAGAUGAUAUUCAUUGUGAAAUGAUUUUGCUCAUAAUGUAUCUUUAUCUGUAAUUCCAGGAUGUAUAUUACCUUCUUUCAAGUAAAGGUUAAGUGCUUUGCAUUAAAAUCAGAUCGACAUUG